AUGGCUCAAUUUCUCCAACUUCACCCGCCAUAUUCUUCCUCUGGAUCCCCUUCCCUUUUUCACCUCAAGCUCAAAAUCACCACCGUCAGCCAUGGCCAAAUAUUGCGCACCAGCCGCCGUCCGGUUCGUUUCCCCAUCAAGCCAUUCUCCGCACUCGAGGCAACCGCCGCGGCCCCCGGCGACCGCCCCUCUCCGCCGAUCAAACUCGCCUCCCUCACCGCACUCAAACCCUACCUGCAGCCGGAAUGGCGGCCGAUCCUUUCAGGAUGGCUGUGCAGCGCCGUUUCUGUUUACUCGCUUUCCAAAAUCGUUCCUUUGGCGGGAAAACUCUCCUCCGCAAUGGGCGCUGCGAGCUUGAUGGGCACGGGGAAGGAGGUUCUGGUGUUGGGGGCUUUUGUUCUGACUAGAAUCGUGGCGAAUUAUUUGCAGGAGGCUUUUCUGUGGGAGGCGGCGUUGAGCUGUGUGUACGAGAUUAGGGUUCAUGUGUUCAAUAGGGUUUUGCAGAGGGAUUUGGGGUUUUUCGAGAGUGAAAGAGGAAUUUUGCCUGGGGAUGUUGCGUACCGGAUCACAGCGGAGGCCGAGGAUGUAGCUGACACAGUAUAUUCUCUUAUCAAUACAAUUGUACCGAGCACUCUACAGUUAUCAGCUAUGGCGUCUCAGAUGUUAAACAUAAGCCCCACGCUGUCUCUAAUUUCUGCUUUAGUGAUUCCCUCUAUGACUCUCUCAAUUGGAUGUCUAGGAGAAAAGCUUCGUGCACUAUCCAACAUGGCGAAUCUUAGUACGGCUGCUCUCUCAGCCUACCUAAAUGAGGUAUUCCCUUCAAUUUUUUUUGUGAAGGCAAACAAUGCUGAAUCCAAUGAGCGUAUUAGAUUCCAGUCGCUUGCUUCUGCUGACCUUUCUGCAUGUUUGAAAAAGAAGCAAAUGAAGGUUUUGAUCCCUCAGAUAAUACAAAUGAUGUUUUUUGGAGUUUUAUUCAUUAUAGGUGCCUGCUCACUGUUGGUUUCAAGAGGCUCGUUCGAUGGUUCCGCUACAGUUUCUUUCUUGACAUCGCUGAUUCUUUUGAUUGGUCCAAUUCAGGGUGUGGGAAAAGCAUACAACGAGCUAAAACAAGGAGAACCAGCUAUAGAGCGGUUGUUUAAUUUGACCUUGUUCAACUCUCAGAUGAUUGAGAAACAAGAUGCAGUUGAUUUAAAUGCUGUUGCUGGUGAAGUGAAAUUUUGUGACCUCUCGUUUUCAUAUCGAGAGGCUUUGGCGCCUGUGUUGAAUGGCCUCGAUCUUCAUAUCAAAGCUGGUGAGACAAUUGCUCUCGUUGGCCCAUCGGGUGGCGGCAAAACGACCCUUGUGAAACUCCUGCUUCGUUUAUAUGAACCUCUUUCCGGUUCGAUAGUGAUAGAUGGCCAUGAUAUUCAAAAUAUUCGAUUAGAGAGCUUAAGGAGACAUGUUGGUCUGGUCUCUCAGGAUUCCGUACUUUUUUCAGGAACCAUAGCCGAGAACAUUGGGUACAGGGAUUUAAUAAGCGGCAUUGAUAUGGACAGAGUAGAAAUAGCUGCUAAAACUGCAAAUGCUGAUGAGUUCAUAAAAUGUCUUCCCGAUCAGUAUGAUACCAAUGUCGGACCCAGGGGCUCGAAUUUCAGUGGCGGCCAAAGGCAAAGGCUAGCAAUUGCGAGAGCACUCUAUCAGAAUCCCUCUAUUCUUAUUUUAGAUGAAGCAACUUCUGCAUUAGACAGCUGA